AUGCAAGUAAACCCCCAAUCCGAUACCAGCACAAUAGAGGACGAUACCGCCUUCAUCUCAGAGUCCAUUAUCAGAGCUGCAGAAGUUGCUAUAGGAAAAACAACUAACUCUUUAAAAAGAAAUCUAGUCCCUUGGUGGAAUGACCAAAUAAAAGAGUCAAUCAAACAAAAAAACAAAGCACUCAAAACUUUUCAAAGCUCAAAAAACAUGUCUGAUCUCAUAAAACUUAAACAACUGAGAGCGAAAACGCGAUACCUAGUUAAAAGAAGUAAGACUGACUCUUGGAAAACCUUCACGUCCUGUUUGGGACCCAAAGCUGACUCCGCUCUGAUAUGGCGCAGAGUUGGGUCACUUCGAGGCUUCUCCAAGAACCACAACAUUCACAUCAUGAAAGACACAAAAUUAUGCACCGAUCCCGACGAAAUAUCCAAUCAAUUAGGAGAUUUUUUCUACCAUAACAGAUCGGAUGAAAACUACAAUACGACUUUCUUUGAAAAAAACGUACACAUGAGGAACCAGAAUUUAAUUUCUAGCAUCAACCCACACCUUGAUGAACAGAAAAAACUCAACUCCCCAAUUCAGUUGAUUGAUAUGUUCAGAGUUCUAUCCAAAUGUAAUAGUCUUGCCCCAGGACCAGACGGGAUACCUUAUAAAUUUAUCCACAACCCCCCCAUGACCGCCUUAAAUGCAAUUAUUCGAGUAUACAACAAAAUAUGGUCAUCUGGUCAUAUACCUCGAAAUUGGAAGCACUCUAUAAUUAUUCCAAUUCUUAAACCGGAAAAAAACAAAUUUGAUACUAAAUCAUACAGACCAAUAUCCCUCUUAAAUACCUUGGCAAAGAUAUUGGAAAAAAUUAUAGAUUAUAGACUUAGAAGGUUUCUUGAAAAAAACAAUUUCUUGGAUCCUCGCCAGAACGGCUUCCGAAGACAUAGAAGUACCACAAACUCAUUACAUGACAUUCAAGAGGAAAUACAUUCAACACUCGAAGCUAAACAAAUGAUGGGCCUCAUAGCUCUUGACAUAUCAAAAGCGUAUGAUACUACCUGGCGCCCCCGUAUUGUUAAAAUAUUGUCAAACAUUAUCUGUAAAGGUAAUUUAUUCAACUUUAUACAGAACUUCCUUACCGACAGAACCUUCCAGGUGAAGUGCAACGGAAAACUAUCGAAAAUAUAUUCUCAAAAAAACGGCGUACCACAAGGAUCCACACUAUCGGUAUCGCUAUUCUUAUUAGCGAUUAAUGAUAUACCACUAGUUAUACAACCCCCGGUUAUGUGCACACUAUUUGCCGAUGACUUCAACAUAUUCUGCAGAGGCAUCAAUACAAAUAGAACUAUAAAUUACCUGCAGAAUGCAAUAACUGCACUACAAGACUGGUCUCUUGUCUCGGGUUUCUCUUUUUCAGUCGAAAAAUCACAAUGUACUUUCUUCACUAAUAAAAGAAAUGUUGUUAACACCACCAUAUAUAUGAACAAUAUUCCCAUACCAACUAAAAACUCCAUCAAAAUAUUAGGCAUACUCUUUGAUUCAAGAAACACGUGGAUACCACAUCUCAAGACCAUCCGAAAGGACUCACUUCUAAGAAUGAAUACGCUAAAAUGCCUCGCCCACAGGUCAUGGGGAAGUCACUCCUCUAGUCUAUUACAAAUUUAUAAAGCACUCAUCCUAUCCAAACUCGAAUAUAACUCAUUCCUGUUCAUAAAAGCUAAGGCAACAGCACUCAAAAUGAUUGAUACCAUACACAACACAGGGUUAAGACUCGUUACCGGAGCCUUCCGCUCCAGCCCGAUUCCCAGCGUGCUCAAUACAGCUGGAGUAGCCCCACUCGACAUCAGGAGAGUCCACAGCUCCAUAUUACUAGCAACCAGACGCACUCAAAAUAACCUCAAGGUAAUGAAUCAAAUCAAUGACACCCUUAAAGACAUACCAUUCUCCCACCUGGACGUUAUCAAGAACGAAACCAUACAGACGGCCCCUUGGCUAUUAAAUAUCCCAAUCAACAGAGAACUAAGUAAAUAUUCGAAGAACGACACCGCCCCCAUAAUUUACAAACAACAUCUACGUUCAAUCAUCUCCGGGUUCCACGAUUUUACUGAAAUUUAUACGGAUGGUUCCAAAACGGAAAACGGUGUUGGAGCAGCUGUAGUAAUCCAGGACCACGUAUCUAUGCUGAGACUCUCCAACUUUUGCUCAAUAUACACAGCUGAAGCAACUGCAGUUUCAUUUGCCUUAGACCUAAUUAAAACUAAUCACAUACACAAAGCAGUAAUCCUCAGUGACUCACUUAGUACCUUGAGGAGUAUUGAAAAUAUCUACAAUCCAAACGAGAUCUCCAGGAAAAUCCAGAACCAGAUCUAUAACCUUACACACACCGGCUACUCAAUUACCUUAUUAUGGAUACCCAGUCACAAUCAAAUUCAGGGAAAUGAAAGAGCUGACCAAAAAGCACGCCAAGCAAUUACGGAUGCCAUUAGACUUAAUCAUUUCACCCUACACGACGCCAAACUCAUAACUAGUAUAAUAACUAACAACAUAUGGCUACGGGCAUGGAAACAAGGUACAUCCAAAUUAAACGAAAUUAAAAAUACCAUCCACACAUGGCCUUCUCCACCAGACUUCACAAGGAAAAUGGAAACCUCAGUCAACAGAAUCCGUAUAGGACAUACAUCACUAACACACCAGUAUCUGAUGAAGAAGGAAGAUCCACCCCUAUGUGCCAGCUGCGGUACCCCUCUCUCAAUAAAACAUAUCAUAACCGAAUGUCUUGCAUACGAAACUGAGAGACGGGAAGCAGGCAUCUCAAGCAUUCUGUCAGAAGCCCUCCACCCAGACAACAUAAGACAAAUAAUAAUCUUUAUUAAUAAGUCCAACCUUAUAAAUAGUAUUUGA